AUGGACUCUGCUUUCCACCUCUUCCUUCUCCCGAAUGCGUCGGCUCUGCCUUCGAUUGCGGCCGUUAUCGUCUUCGCCAUCUCUGUCCUCUGGCUCUACCCAGGCGGCCUCGCGUGGGCGCUCUCCAGAGCCUACCGAUCUAUCCCCGGACCCCCGCCUCUCCGGUUCCGCCGCGCACCGUGUCCUCGCCAGGCUCGCCGAGUCGCUCAAAGCCUCCGACUUGAUGGCCUUCUCCCUCGGCUUCACACGCUUCGUCUUGUCAAGCCACCCCGACACAGCCCGGGCGAUCCUCAACAGCUCGGCCUUCGCCGAUCGCCCUGUCCCUACGAGCUCCUCUUCCACCGGCGAGUACUGGCGCAAUCUCAGGAGGAUCACCGCCACCUAUCUGUUCAGUCCGACGAGAAGCAUAGGAAGGCCAUCGGUCAGCAAAUGAUCCACGACGUAAUGGCAAGCACAGAGACGGACGGGAUCGUGGGGAUAAAGAAAGUUCUGCACUAUGGGUCUCUGAACAACGUGAUGAUGAGCGAUGUUGGCAAAAGAUUCGAUUUUGGGAAGGUCGAAGGCAUGGAGUUGGAAAGGCCGGUCACGGAAGGGUAUGAACUACUUGGCGCGUUCAACUGGAGCGACCACUUUCCUCCAUUGGCAUGA